GGACUGCAUCAGUGCGGUGAUCAUCUCCGAAGCUAUCAGCCACCGAUAAAGCGACAGGCACAUCAAGAUCUAAUAAGCGACCGACUACAGACCCAAACAUGAGAUCCCACUGCAUCUUCAUCGCCUGUCUUGUGUUCUUCGCUUUCUGCUCACUGGCUCAGAGUGAAUUCAGCCAAGGUCCCAACAAGUGCUGCUUUUCAUUUUCCAAUGUAAGAAUCCCAUUAAAGCAGGUUGAUAGUUAUCAUACUACACAUCUUGAAUGCCACAGGAGUGGUGUCAUUUUCAUCACAAAAGCUCCAAAAGAGAUCUGCGCAAACCCGUCAAAUAAAUGGGUUCAGAGACUGAUGAACUUGGUGGAUGCUCGAAACAUGAAGGAUAUGGACAGUGAAUAAGAUGUGAACGGCUCUUCACUUUUCAAAGUAUUGAAUUAAACCAUUUUCAAACUGAUUUUAAGCUGCUUUUAUUUAAAAGUAAUAAUAUGUAUAUUUGUUAAUCAAUUAAGAAGGCUGUGUAUUUUUUAAGGCUGUUUUUUUUUCUACUUUACUAUAUGCAAAAUAAAGAUUAUGGAAAGACA